GUUUUAAUUUUUAAUUUUAAUUUAUUAAAUUUUUUUCAUUCCUAAGCAAAAAUGCUUCACGCAUCAUAUUUCAGUAAAGUCGGAUCAUUUUUAGUACUCUUUGCCGCAUCUUAUAUGGGACCACCCUAAUAUAUAAUGUAUGUAAGUAUCUACAUGAGCACAUAGAUUUACGUUUCGCUAUCUAAAUAAUUUUUCCCAUACAAAACCUAUUGUACUCGCAUCUCAGAAUAAAUGAAUUUCACAGUUGAAGUUCGAUUGCUAUUCAUAAACCUUGUACGAAUCUGCGGAAUGAGAGUCCUUAGUGUUCUUACGAUUUGCUUAGCAAUAUCAUUGCUGCCAGUUUCGAUGUUGGCUGACCCUCCACCACCACAUUAUGACUCGCUACGCACCAUGGCAGAGGCUGCAGUUGAGGAUUGCUAUGAGGAUGCGGAUCAGAAUGUUAAAGUAGAAAUAACCGAUGAGGGCUUCGAUGAGCUAUUAAGGGGUUCACGUGGUAAUUUAUUGCGUAAUACGAAAUGUUUGCGUUACUGUAUUAUGAGAAAAAAUGGAUUGAUCAAUGCUGGGAAUUCUAUUGAUGAAGAUAGAGUCGUAGAAAUUUUUGAAAUUAUCCAUCCUCAAAUUGAGAAGGAAAAGCUGAUAAAAGUUCUCCAAAAGUGCUCCGAUGAAACUGAAAAGCAAAUCGAUAAUUGCGAGCGUGCCUUUGCUGCGGCGACGUGCGUCCUUGGCGAGUUGAAGGGACAAGGUGUUACGGAUAUUUAAUUAAAUACUGCUAUGUUAAUACAAGUCUUGCAAAACCCUCGCACGGUAUACGGAUUGUACGUUUUGCAUAGGUAAACCGGUUCCACCGUGCAAUGCGUGCACCGUACACGGCUUUUGCAAGACCUAGAGAAUACCCGAAAUUAAUAUAAACAUUUUAUAAGUAUCACUUCAUUAAAGUGUAAUUGAAUUUCUCUACAGUUUUAAAUUAAAUAAAUCAAAAAAUUAAUUUUUUAUUAUCUAAAAAUUGCAGCUUUAAUAAAUUCACUUUAUCAAAUAGAAUUUGUGUUUGCUACACUAAAAAAUACUUAAUAAAUUUCAAAUAGUCUUCCAGUUGUUGCUGCUCAACUACGUCCAGCAGCUGUGACAUGCAGGCGCUAUAUUCCAGUAUGGCCUGCAACAGCUCCAACGACUCCAUUGUGGUACCAAACAUUUGUGUUAAGCUAUUAGUUCGAGUAUCACUCUAUAUUAUCUACAUACAAUGCUGCAUUGUUUAUACAUUUUGUAUGCGUUCAUUAGCUUAAGAUUUUUGUUGCUGCCCGCAUCCAUGCGCUUCAGCUGCUUUGAUUG